UUUACACAACGUUUACAUUUAUUUAUUUUUAAUGUAUGUAUGUAUUUCAAUCCAAGUUAGGUUUGUUUGAAUUAGGAAGCAAUAUGGCGACUCCCAUGGAUGCAGCAAACCAUGCUCUAUGACUCAGACACAAAAGUGAACUGCCUCAAAACCAGAUGAGUCCGAAAUCGCUUUUUUUUAUUACAUUUCGCUUUUGUCUACAAACGAAACCCAAACAACAGAGUACAGAAAAGCAAAGCUUUAAUAGAAGACACUCAGCUGUAUGUCACAGUUAGCUACUCAAGGUUAUCUUCCAAGACUGUUGUUGCGCUUGGAUUACACUAGAGAGUGAUGUUGCCGCAUGAAGCUUGAACUAGAUCGCCCCUGACCAUGAAUGGAUUGCAGAUUGUUUUGCUUUCCUCUGCCUUGGAUUCAUUUGUCACAGCGGUGUAGCGAUUGUGAUACUCUGAGAUUCAAUCAUGAGGGUCCCCACAAACAAACUCCAGCAGAUGGCCAUUUAUACCACCUUGUUGACUGGAGCUGGCUGUGGCACCAUGUAUUACCUAAUGCAAAAGAGCUUUUCCAGAUCAGACUACCACAGUCUAGCCCUGGAGAAACUGAAGGCCAACCAGUCAGCCAUGGACCGUCUAGGAGCCCCACCCCUGAAGGUCCACAACAUUCAUCUGUCUGACCGGUACAACCGCGUGGAACCCUACACUGCUCAGAUCAAAAUCCCAGUGACAGGUUCUAAAGAUGGUGGUUACCUCUACACAACCUCAGUGAGAGACCCACAAACCCUUGGGUGGAAUUUAACACAGGCAGUGCUGCAGCUUAGAGAGGGUCAGAGUAUUGACCUUCUCACAUCCACGUUAACAGAUAAGAAAGAAGGACUUGACACAGACAACUGGUCUUCAUAAUAUACCCAAUGUCAUUCCUUCAGCACCCCACUGGACCUUGUUUCUGACGAAGGGCAUGCACACGUUAGCCCGAGUGCCUGUCUCUUUAGCUAAAAGUCUUUGUUACAUGACAUUGAGUAAAGGGGGUGGAAUGUAAACAGCCUUCUGGUUUAAAAUCAGGCACAGAAAUGUAAUUGCUUUGACA